AUUCUUUGUACUCCCAUUAACUACACAUUACGUAUCGCUUCAUUCGAUAUGAAACAAUUACCACAUAGCCGCCAGGCAGAUGGGCAACGGCGUGUGGGCAGAGGAACGCUGGCAUCUCUUGCCCUGAUAAUCGGCGGGCUUUUCUAUUUCUUUGCCCUGGGUGCCAAAGAUCGCAUGCUGACUCUUGUCCGAGUCCUGGCCAACCCGACACCAGAUUGCAUGUACAUCCAGCCGCCAUCGCUCACAGUGCUCAGUGCUGAAUCGGUUCGCAUAGGAUGGCGCUCGUCCUGUAAACACAGUGCACUGGUGAAAUUCAACAGCGGCGAAGUGGCACCCCAUGUCGUAUCAGCUGGGCCAUUAAAUAGCUGGUUUGAAUAUGCUGCUGAUGUGCCUGUUGCGUAUGGCCAGCCAACACAGCUCCAUGUCGAGACCGAUAACUGGGCGCUGAACCAGAUACUGCCGAUCCGGUACACCAGCCCGUGGUCCACAGUGGCACACGGCGAGCCGGGAAAUACGUCGCUGCCAGUGUUUGCCAUCGGACUUGUCGACAUUGCUAGGAUCAGUGACCAUGCUGGCGAGCCAUGGGCUACCGAGUUGGCUGAUAUUCUGCACGGUCAUCGUCUCAGCUUUGUCAUGCAUCCCAAGGCACAGCGUGGUAGCCCAGGCAUUGAUGGGAUUGUCCAUGCACCACCCGAUAGUGCAUCAUUUGCUGCUUUUGCAGGCAAUGUUUGCGUUGUAGCGACAAGCGCCAGCAGCCCUUCCAAAUCGCUCGAAGGAUUUGGGAAAUGUGCCGGUGCAGAUCUCUCAGCGAUAUUCAUCGACAUGGACUGGACUCACCGGCUGCUUUACUGGCUUGGCAUCAGUGGUGCCUUGCAGAGCCGGCUUUUUAACUACUUUUCUGGAAUAAGCAAGGUUGCUGGCACCAAGGCAGUUGUGAUCAGGACCAACAGCAGACUUGUGCCAGUGGACGCGACGUCUCUGCGUCCUCUUGUACCCAGGUGUAGUCUGCUAGGCAAUGCCAUUGGGUGGUGCUCGCCGCCGGUGGCCACGGUCAUCGAGCAGACAGCCAGUGGCAAGUUGCAGCUGAACGUGUUCACGGUCACUGGCCACCAUCUCCAAACCAGCAAAUAUCCAAUUCAGUAAUCCAAUCUAAUAAAUAAC